AUGCAGUUGUCGUUGCAUUCAGUGCAUCUGGUUUUAUUCUCGGUACCGCUACUUACGCUAUUCUGUUCUACAUUGAUAAGCCCAACAGGAGGUAACCAGGGCUGCAACUCCACUGCUACAGUUGGUGACGGUUCGGAGGCAUUAUCGCCGGAUGACACACUGUUUGCUCACUUGCGAUGCUUCGAACUGUUUGCCAGUAAACAAUCUGAUCAGCGAGAUCAUGAUGCUGCCGACUGGUUGGGAUCAAACGAGCGUUAUCUGCGGAGAACGGAACGAACUCCAAGCUUUUUACAUUGUGUAUUGUGUCGCAUGAGACUGUUUGAUGAGCUACAUGAUCGGUUCAACGUAACCGUAAUCAGAACGCAAUAUAACGCGUACAAACCAUGGAUGACACUAAGCGAAGAAGCAGUCAAGAGCUUUAUUAACGACAUAGAAGCAACGGGAAAACUAAACAGCUCAACCACAGGAAACUUGUAUGAUGCCUUUGAACAACUAUUCUACGAUCACUACAAUGCCUUCUUUCAACUCUUCCUGCGAGAUACAGCUGUACUACAACGCAUGCAUCACGAUAAGUCCUGUUCAGUACGCAAACCGAACCAAACUGUAGUUCAAUUCUGUGAGCAACGAAUGAGUGCGGAACUGUGGGACGAUAUCUGUCACAUACGCGCGUACGAGAUAAGCAACCGUACCGAAGCGAUGGAAAGGCAUAUCGCUUGCAUAUUCCGAGGCUUUCAAUAUCUGGAUUGGAAUAGCUCUAUUCAUACAAAAGAAAUUCAACGAGAUUAUGAGCUGAUAGGAUCUCUUGACGAAGGUACCAAAAAGUACAUCCACCAGUGCGCUGUGGAUGCAGCGCAAGAGUUGGAGAUCCCCAAACGAAGUCUUGCUAUGUACAGCUGUCUACUGGAUGGAGCUUACAGCGAGAAGUUUAAAGAAGCCUUUGAUUAUCACGAAAUUCGUUCCGGAAAUCUUACAUUCAUCUUGAAGAACCUCCCAUACGAAAGAGAUCAGGUGAAACAACAAAUAUUAGCAUUGGAUAAGGAGCAUUGUAAUGAACAUAUGUGA